AUGGCCGCGGCAGCCACUACCGUUCCCAGCGACCGGAAUCAGACCUGGGGCUCGCCCUGGCUGGACUUCAAUGCCUCCAGGUCCCCCCUCUCUCAGUCCUCGGAGACGGACCAACUCAUUUUUCUCUCCGAAAUCGGCGUCGAUAAUUUCAUCACCUUGGUCGCUUUCGGCCUCAUUUUCACCCUGGGUGUGAUGGGCAAUUCUCUGGUCAUCACGGUGCUGGCCAGGAGCAAGCCGGGCAAACCCCGCAGCACCACCAACAUUUUUGUGCUCAACUUGAGCAUCGCUGACUUGGCUUACUUACUCUUCUGCAUUCCUUUCCAGUCUACCGUGUACAUGUUGCCCAACUGGUCCCUGGGUACCUUCAUCUGCAAGUUCAUCCACUACUUCUUCACUGUCUCCAUGUUGGUCAGCAUAUUUACCCUCUCGGCUAUGUCUGUGGACCGCUAUGUGGCCAUUGUGCAUUCCCGGCGCUCCUCAUCCGUGCGGGUGUCCCGUAACGCACUGUUGGGGGUUGGGCUCAUCUGGCUUCUCUCUAUCGCCAUGGCUUCCCCUGUGGCUCACAACCAGCACAUUGUCCAUGAAAAAAUCCUCAACCAGACCUUUUGUUGGGAAGUCUGGCCCAAUCUCCAGCACAAGAAAGUGUAUGUCUUGUGUACCUUCAUCUUUGGCUAUUUGCUACCGCUGCUGCUCAUCUCCUUUUGCUAUGCUAAGGUCCUCAAUCAUCUGCAUAAGAAGCUGAGGAACAUAUCAAAGAAGUCAGAAGCAUCCAAGAAGAAGACAGCUCAAACUGUCCUUGUGGUUGUAGUGGUUUUUGGGAUAUCCUGGCUGCCACAUCACGUGGUCCACCUCUGGGCUGAAUUUGGCGAUUUCCCCAUAACUCAAGCUUCAUUUUUCUUCAGAAUAACAGCACAUUGCCUGGCUUACAGUAAUUCUUCAGUGAAUCCUAUUAUAUAUGCAUUCCUUUCUGAGAAUUUUAGGAAGGCCUAUAAGCAAGUGUUUGAGUGUCAGAUUGGUCACAAUUCGCCUCUGAAUGAAGUGAAAGAUAAUAAGAGUAAUAUAGAGACGCCUCCAUUUACUAAUUCUACACAUGUUUGAAGAAUGAAUGUGGUUGGCUGUUCUACUGUAGUUUCAUAGGAAUGGACUUGCUCUAGCUGCUUUUACUUAAACAAAAAUGCACUUCCCAAAGUGAGCAAAUAUUUCAGGUUUUGUAUUGGUCAUUGGUAUCCAACUAAUCGAAGUUCAAUUAAUUUUGUUGCUGAAAGGAGUAAGAAAAUCUGAUUCAUAGACAAAAUACUUUAAUAUCCUUCUUUCUGAAAGAAUUUUGAAUGAGAGUUGUUUUUAAAAUUAAAACAGAAAUCAAAUAAGAUUAAUAUAUAAUUCAUAUUGCUCUAGUAUAUUUAUGUUAUGCUUAAAAUACUACUUUCUUUCUUAUACAAAUUUAUUAAUGUAAAUCACUUAAGCCAUUAUAUUCUCAAUGUGUAUAUUUCAGUUUGUGUGUAUCCCAAAUGAAAUUGGGUUCAAAUUGAACCAGAAGAAUUUGAAUAGUUGAACUGGAAUAUCCUACUAUUUUCAUGAAUUGUGGAAUGAUUCUAUCUACCAAAGUUAUGUGUGAUCACGGGGAUUCUGCAAAAUCAUAACUGAAAAAAUUGUGAUGUCACUUUUUUCACUGAUGUAACUUCAGAUGGUCACUAAAUGAAUGGUUGUAAGUCGAGAACUUAUCUGUAGAGUAACUCUUGCAUAACAUUAGUUUGUAUAGACACAUUUUUAGAUGUUAAGGAAAGUAAUUCAAAAUUAAUAGUAUUGUAAUUUAUACUCUGCCUCUGUCAGUAAUUUUAUGCAUAGCACAUAGUUUGCUUACUUAUUUAAACAAAUCUGUAACUUGGAUCCAUGCUAACUAUUUAUCUGCCUGGUUUGUGAUUAGAGUGGAUUUCCAACUAUUUGUUUUUUUUUCCGGGUACUUGAUAGUUACAUAAAGUGCAUAACGCCAGAGAUACAAAUUAUGGGUGGUGAACUUGAUUAUUUACUAUAAUUGCAAAGAAGGUGGUAAAGGUGCUCCAUAAGCAUUUUUAUAGAAAGAUUAGAAUAGGCAACAAGCUGAUAUAUAUACCUGCUUUCAUUCAGACCUAACGGUUACUACUACUGUAAGUGUGUUUGACAAAGGCAUGGGAUACCUUCCUGUAGAUUAUGUGACUAACUGAAAGAAAUACAAUUAUAAUGGAAAACUGAUCCUAUCAAGCAUUUUAAAAAAAAAAUCUUUUUUUAAACUUCAAAUCUGUUCUAAGACCAUGUUGAAUGAGGGAGUACAUAGUUCAUUGUUGCAUGUUACAAAAUCCUGUGCCUCCAUUUUGCUGAGUUCCUUGGCUCUGAUAAUUCUGAAACACACAGUCAAAAUGUACCAAAUAUUGUAUAAUAAUAAUAAUAAUAAUAAUAAUAAUAAUAAUAAUAAUAAUAAUAAUAAUAAU